UAUCGUAAUCAUGUGAUGCAAGACGAUGAAACUUCAGUGACAAGUUUCGUUCAGUAAGCACGAAGAAAAACUCAAGAUGAAGAAAAAGGUGUUACUCAUGGGAAAGAGUGGGUCUGGAAAGACCAGCAUGAGAUCCAUCAUCUUUGCCAACUACAUAGCCAGAGAUACUCGCAGACUGGGAGCUACAAUUGAUGUGGAACAUUCUCAUGUCCGUUUUCUUGGAAAUCUUGUUCUAAAUCUCUGGGAUUGUGGAGGUCAAGAGGCAUUUAUGGAAAGCUACUUUGCAAGCCAGCGUGACAACAUAUUUCGUAAUGUAGAGGUACUAAUCUACGUUUUUGAUGUAGAGAGUCGAGAGCUUGAGAAGGAUAUGCAUUAUUACCAGUCCUGCCUUGAGGCCAUCCUCCAGAAUUCUCCUGACUCUAAGGUCUUCUGUCUGGUACACAAAAUGGACCUUGUUCAAGAUGAUCAGCGAGACUUUAUAUUUCGAGAGAGGGAGGAAGAUCUCAAGCGCCUGUCUAAGCCAUUGGACUGUACAUGUUUUGCAACAAGCAUCUGGGAUGAAACACUCUACAAGGCAUGGUCAAAUAUUGUCUACCAGCUCAUCCCAAAUGUACAACAGAUUGAAAGCAACUUGGCAAAUUUUGCCAACAUCAUAGAGGCAGAUGAGGUUCUGCUAUUUGAAAAGGCCACAUUUCUGGUGAUCUCUCAUUGCGAACGAAAACAGCACAAGGAUGUCCAUCGAUUUGAGAAGAUCAGUAAUAUCAUAAAACAGUUCAAGCUAAGUUGUAGUAAACUUGCAGCAAAUUUCCAAAGCAUGGAAGUGCACAAUUCGACCUUCUCCGCCUUCAUUGAGGGCUUCACCUCGAACACCUAUGUCAUGGUUGUAAUGUCAGAUGGAUCCAUACCUUCAGCAGCAACAUUGAUUAACAUCAAAAAUGCUAAAAAGCAUUUUGAGAAAUUGGAAAGAAUGGAAUCCAACCAUCAUCCAAUUACUGCAAGGUGAAGACAUGAAAAAGGACGCAGUGAAUUCCAGUCUUGAUAUUUAUAGCCAGUUCUCAUGGAAACUCUCAUCAGAAUUUCUACCAGUAACAAACUCAUGUACAAUGCUCUCUUAACUGGACCAUGCAAGUCCUUUAAAUACAGUUUUUUUUUGGACCUUACUACAUUUAGUAUAGACUGCAGACUUUUUUCUCAGGUUUUUUUUUCAACUUGAAACAUAUCAGUAUAGGGAGAUACAUUGAAAAUUGUAUCAAUAGUAAGAUUCCUAAGCAAUUUCAUGACAUUUUUUGAACAAUAAUCCUUCCUGCUGCAAACUUUUAGCAAAUUUAAAAAAUUGGAACCAUCAAGAAAAUGAUCCUUUGUUAUAUUUUAGACAAUAAAGUAACUUUAUAUACCCUGGCAGUAUGGUUUUCAAGAGAGAGAAAAAAACCUGUGUGUCUUAAAAUUAUAGAUUCUCAUUAAAAUGCUUAUGAUAUUUCCCAGUACAAUUUCUCAUUGGAAUCCCUGUGUCAGGUAUUUGGUCUGUAGACUUGUAUUAGAAUUGGUUUGUACAAAAUGGUUUCCAUUUUUAUGAUUUCUGACGGCUGACAGUAAAAUUGCAUGGUAGAAUAUUAAUGGUUUAUUCAGAAGCCCUUUGUUUGGUAAGCACUAUAGUAUAGUUGCUUAUUGGAAGCUUGAUAGAAAUGUUGGGACAAACGUUUUGGAAGCUUGUUCACCUGGACAUUAAGGUUACUAACUGGAGCAUUAUGUUGCCAAAUUGUACAUAAGGAUUCUCAGUGGAACAUUGAUAGGUAUGGCAAUAGGGUUACUUAGUGCAACUUCAUUGCGAUAAACAGUAUGGUUACUCAGUUAAACUUUACCACGAUUGACAAUAUGGUGAUUCAGUGAAACAUUACAGCAAGACAAGAAGGUUAAUAAGUGGAAUCUUACUAUGAUUGACAAUAUGGUUAUUUAGCGAAACAUUACUACAAUUGACAAUAUUGUUAAUAAGUUAUCAUGAUUGACAAUAUGGUUUAGUGAAACCUUACUGCAAUUGACAAUAUGGUUAUGCAGUGAAACUUUACCAUGAUCAACAGUAUGAUUACUUAGUGAAACCACUCAAGGUUGACAAUACAGUUACUAAGUGGAUCUUUGUUGUAUGAGGCACUGUGGAUCAUUAAUUUUGCAAUAGAUUAUGUAAGGUUAUACUCAUGCGACUAGAUGAAAUUGUUACUCAGUGGAACCUUGUUGGGCCCUUGUAUAGUUACUUAUUGGAGCCUUGUUAGGAUUGACAUAAGGUUACUCAGUGGGCCUUGUAUUUACACACUGGAUGGGUUUGCUUGUCUGAUGUGGUAUGUAAAUACAUUAUAUCUUUAUUUGAAAAAUCUAAGAGAGCUUUUGUGACUGAAACAUUAUUGAAAAUUUGUGUAAUAGUUUACUUUUUAAUAAAUUGCAUUUAUACAAACUUUUUGCAAUGAUGUAGAUAAUAAAAGAUUUUACAAAUGAAUUGUAUCAUCAUUAAGAGAUGUAUUGACAAUUGAAUGACGAAGGUAUUGUAUUUAUAGAAUGUAAACUUGUGAAAAAAGAAUCUAUUCUGAAAUGAUUCUAGAAACAGGCACAAUUUUACAAAUUGUGUUUGGUUUGAGGUGAUCUUUACCAUAUGCAAUGUUGUCUCUAUGGUUAAAUUAAAGUUACUGUAAAAUCACUUAUUUUUGUGAGGGAUUUAUUUUCAUUGGAUUUUUUGGGUACUCUUACUCACGAAUUUAUAUCUACAAAAUAAUAAACGAACAUGGAUGAUAGUACUAGUGGAUUUCGUGAGCAAGAUUUCACACAAAAUCAAGUGCUAACAAAAAUGUAUAUUUUUGGAAAAUCACAAAAUUUCAGCCCCAUGCAAAAUAUUGGAUUUUACGGUAAAAAAAAAUGAAACAUUGUAAUGAAACUGAAACCAGAUACUAUAACAUGACAUUGUGUUUUGUCUUCUGUAUAUGAUUGAUACUAAUAUGUUAUACACUGUUAAUUAAUACAAAUAUAAUGUGGAUAAUAUUAUGAAGAAAUAAAAACAUGUGAUAUUUUGAAAUUUGUGUUUUUAGUGUCUCUCAAAAUAAUUGAAAUCUGAAGUUUAAAGUGGCUUUUAGAGUCUUAUUCAAAAUACUUCUUUUAUUUUCUUCUAUGAUACACAAUCCUAUCUGUAAUUACAACUUGUUUGUGAUCAAGUUUUAGGAACAUGUAUAUAUCGUAUCUUUCUUGCAAUAAGACCAGGGAAUUACUCAUCACUUACUCAAAGUUAGCGGAUGACAUUAUUUUGAGACAAUGAAUAAACAUUCACCUGUAAUUUAAUGGUCAGUUAUAUGAUGGAUGGGCUUAUUACCAGACGUUUUAUCACAUUUAUGUUUAUUGUUAUGACAUAGACUUCUGGAUUGUUUACAAUCGUGUGCUAAUGUGUAUGAUAGAGGACCAAGUCACUUAUUUAUCUUAAUUGGAGCUGACUGUCGAUGGCCAUACUUUUCUAGUAAUAAGCCGGGGUAUGUUAAUUAGCCCACAUACCUUUUUGAUUGUCUGCAGAGUAAACCAAAUAAUUCUAAUUAUAGUCCUGUAUUAAACCCACUGACUGACUUCAAAUGCCAUGGUGAUGUACUAGCAACCCAUUUCUGUUUGAUGCUCAGUAGAAUGAUGUUAUUUCUUUGUCCUAUAAUAAGCCCAUCCCCUGAUUCUGGUCCCUGGGCUUAUUUCAGUGUAAAUGUGGUAAUUACUUCCUCAGUUAACAAUAUUGUGAUGAUAUUUCAAGAUAUUAUUGUAAGUUGCUGUAAUAUUUUAAGUCACAUGAGAUCAGGUCUCUUGAAAACGUCUUUUUUAUUUUGUAUAAUGGUAAAAAAAAUUAUAUUGUGUAAAUAGAUGCCAUUAUGGAAAUGCGAAACAAAUGAGUGCUAUUUUUCCACUUUUUAUGUACAUUUUGUAUAUGAUAAUAUAUGUUACUUGUUAUAAUCUCAAGUUAUAUCAGUGUUUGUAAGUUUUGGGACAAAAUCUGAAAUCAUGGUUAUGUUCUGAAUGUUACAAAAUUAGAACUUGAUUUCCUCUGUUUUUUAAGAUUCCUUUCUCAUUUCUUGUAACUUUGUGUAAAAUUUAUCGUUCUUGAAGUUUUUUCUCUUUGAUUAGAAAACAUUUUUGGUAUCCCUGCAAUAGUAUUGCUUGUUAUGCUAUAUGUUAAGCAUUGUGUUACUUUUAUAUUAAUAUUGAAAAUGUGAAACGCUUUUCAGAUAACUUUUAUGUCAAAGGUUUAAAAAUACAGUCUGUAAUUCAUUAAAUGAUUGACAUUCUGAGUUAGAACAGCUAAAAUAUUACACACCCUAUUUAGUUAACAGGUAGGAGGGUUUAGGGGAAUAUAUAGAAUCACUUUGUGCAUCUGUCUGUAUAUACAAAUAUUGUGUACAAGAUAUCUCAUGAGCACCUUGACAGAGUUAGUACAUGUUUACAACUUAGCAUCACACGAUCAGAUUCUAAACUUAAUCAGAUUUUUGUGGUCAUCAAUCAACUGUAAUUGUCAACUGUCAUCAUUGACCACUUUUGAAAAUAUUUGUGUAAAUGAUAUCUCAUGGCUCCCUGAACAGAUUUAAUAUAGAUCAGGGAUUGGAGACUGUAUCUAUGGUGUGAGCUCCAGCUCACUUUUUUUGUAUUUCAAGAUAAGUAAGUAAUUUGUGAUUUCUAAUAUGAUUACAAUAGAUAGGAGAAAAACAGAAUGACAGGGUGCCAAAAAUGGGGUGUGUCAACCAACCAACCAUUAGUCUGUUCUGGAGAUGUACAUUUAAUGAACCAUAGUAUCUAAUCAAUACUUUAGUUUUGUAUUCUUUUUUCACAGCAUGGAAUUCAAACAUAUGAAUGUAUAAUAUAUUUGUGAUCACAUUUUUUAUUUCAAAGUCAGUAAUACCGAAUGUGCCAUAACUAUUUUCUGAAAUUAAAACAAAUUUUUUCCACUAAUUUCAUGGUUUUCACAGGAUGUCUAUGUGCAUGGUCACCAUCGGUCCUGAGUUGCUAACUGUUUUUUUGCAUGACAUUAAUUUUUUUUAUCUUUAGUAGACAAAAGAUGGUCUUACAAUCAAUUUACCUGCUUUUGUAGGCAUGUAUAGACAUGUAUUUACUGUUAAUAAAUGGCAAGUCCACUGGAUGUUUAAAUGACGUACAAUUGAUUAAAUACAUGUAUAUUUGCACCAUA